AUGCUCGACCUUCAGGAUUUCAUCAAGGAGCGCGGCGGCGACCCGGAGAAGAUCCGCGACUCCCAGCGCCGUCGUCAUGCGCCCAUCGAGAUUGUCGACGAGGUCAUUGCCUUGUGGGAUGACCACCGCAAGACCCAGUACUCGGCGACGCAGAUUGGCAGCGAGAUCAACGCCGUGCAGAAGGAGAUUGGCAUGAAGAAGAAGAACAAGGAGAACGCCGACGACCUGCUCAAGAAGAAGGAGGACCUGCAGAAGCAGAAGAAGGACAAGGAGGACGAGGCCACCGCAAAGCUCGUCACGCUCAACUCCAAGGCCAAGAGCAUCGGCAACUACGUCCACGAGUCCGUCCCCAUCAGCGAUAACGAGGACAACAACGUCACCGAGCGCGAGUGGAAGCCCGAGGCCGGCCUCGGCCCCAAGACAGAGCAGACGCUCUCCCACCACCAGGUCAUCACGCGCCUGGCGGGCUACGACUCCGAGCGCGCCAUCAAGCUUGUCGGUCACAGAGGCUACUGCUUGACCGGCUACGGACUGUUCCUCAACCAGGCGCUUAUUAACUACGGUCUCGAGUUCCUCUUCAACAGGGGCUACACGCCCAACCAGCCCCCCUUCUUCAUGAACCGCAACCAGAUGGCCAAGACCGCCCAGCUCGAGCAGUUCGACGAGGAGCUGUACAAGGUGACGGGCGACGGCGAGGAGAAGUACCUCAUUGCCACCAGCGAGCAGCCUCUCUCCGCCCUGCACAGCGAGGAGUGGAUUCAGGGCAGCCAGCUGCCCAUUAAGUAUGCCGGUUACAGCACGUGCUUCCGCAAGGAGGCCGGGAAGCACGGCAAGGAGGCCUGGGGCCUGUUCCGUGUUCACCAGUUUGAGAAGAUUGAGCAGUUCAUCUUCUGCAAGCCCGAGGACAGCUGGAAGCACUUUGACGAGAUGAUUGGCGCCUCGGAGGAGUUUUACAAGAGCCUGGGCCUGCCCUACCGAUUUCGUUCUUCGCCGGGCAACGUCGCUAACGAACCCAGCAACAACGCCGCCGCCAAGAAGUACGACUUGGAGGCUUGGUUCCCCUUCCAGCAGGAGUACAAGGAGCUCGUCUCUUGCUCCAACUGCACGGACUACCAGACCCGCGAGCUCGAGGUUCGCUACGGUGUCAAGAAGGCGAAGGAAGCCCCCGGCGGCGGCCGCAAGGAGUACGUUCACGCCCUCAACGCUACCCUCUGCGCCACCGAGCGCACCCUCUGCUGCAUCCUCGAGAACUACCAGACGCCCGAUGGCUUCAAGGUCCCCGAGGUGCUGCGUAAGUACAUCCCCGGCCAGCCCGAGUUCCUGCCCUACGUCGCCGAGCUGCCCAAGGAGAUCACCGUCGUUGCCGGCCAGAAGAAGAAAUAG